AUGGCGACAACAUGGGUAACGGUGGAAAAGGCAGAGCGCGAGCCAAAAUAGAAUUUGACUGGAGUGGACUCUUCUGCGUCUUUACACACGACAGCGACCGCCUGUCCUCUAAAGGUGGCAAAGCAAAACCCAAUACCAGCCAGCCAGCAAACCAGGCCGCCAAGCCCACAUCUAAGGGUCAGUAUUGUGCACAGAUCAGGUACAACGCUAAAGUGAUAAAGUUAGGAAAGAAUGUGCAGAAAUUUAUCUUUAUUGCAGAUCAUUUGUUUGAGUUAAGAAUUCAUGUGAUGGCAUUAUUGUCAGAAAAGUUUAAUUGA